AUGAUUGUGGAGGAAAAAAAUGAUAUUAAUCUCGAAAGCGUAGAUGUUGGUCUGGGCUCGGGACACAAGCUGGAAUUCUCGCUUACUGAUGAUCAAAUCAACUUUAUAUUGACAAGAUUGGAUCUCGAGGGUCUCGACUCUCAAAUGGACUUGCCUCGAACUGCUGAGGUCAUGAUAGAUAGAGUGGAUGCAAUGGAUGAAAGCGACGCUGUCAAAAUCCUCGAACAAGCUAUAAUAGACCACGAGGGUGAUGUCAAUCUACCAACAGAAGUGUACGACUUACUUGUGGCGUUGGCCCAGAAUCCUAAAUCUACUUCUACUGAUAUUUACGAGACUCCAAGCCUGGUUACACCAGACUCCAAACAUUAUCUCACCGUUUCUGACUGGUCAUUACAGGUGAGACUCGAGGCUGCAUUGAUUGCAUACUACUCCCCCUAUCAAGAAGUAAGAGCUGUGACAACUCCUUAUGACGACGAGGAAAUUCCAUGUGAGACCUUCCGUGUGUACUUUUUGGGAUUAAUUUGGAUGGCUGCUGGUACAUUUAUUAAUGAAUUUUUCUCUCAGAGACAACCUAGAAUUAUUUUGGAUCCCUCGGUGGUCCAAUUGUUUCUCUUACCGUGCGGAAGAUUCUUGCAAUAUGCCUUGCCCAAGUGGAAGUUCAAGGUAUGGAGGUAUACUUUCGACUUGAAUCCUGGUCCUUGGUCACACAAAGAACAGAUGUUGGCCACAAUCUUCUAUACGGUUUCUAGUACUCCAAACUAUGCACAUUUCAACAUUCAUAUUCAAAGAAUGAAGGUUUACUUUGAUAAUGAAUGGGCUACCUACGGGUAUCAGACCCUUUUAUUAUUAUGCACCAACUUUAUGGGAUUUGGUUUCUGUGGAAUAUUAAGAAGAUUUGCAGUCUAUCCCGUGCAAGCUAUGUGGCCCACUUUGAUGCCUACAUUAGCUUUAAACAAUGCUUUGACGCAACCUGAGAAGAGACAGAACAUUAAUGGCUGGACAAUUUCGAGAUAUAGAUUCUUUUUCAUUAUUUUCAUCUUCUCGUUCUGCUACUUCUGGUUGCCAGGAUAUUUAUUUGGUGCUCUCUCUAACUUCAAUUGGAUUACAUGGAUAGCACCUAACAAUUUCAAUGUGGCUACUAUCACAGGGAUGGUUACUGGGUUGGGAUUGAAUCCCAUUCCAUCUUUGGACUGGAACAUUUUGGAUUUCAACAAUGCUUUGACAAUCCCAUUAUAUUCACAGGCCAAUCAAUGUCUUGGUACCCUUCUUGGUUUCUUCAUCAUUACCGGGAUGUACUAUACUAAUAGUUAUUGGUCUGCAUACAUGCCAGUCAACCCAGUCAGGAUUUUCAACAAUAAAGGUGUACAGUACCCAGUGAAGAGAAUCCUCAACGAAAACAAUUUGUUUGACCAGACCAAGUAUGAGCAGGUGGGUCCACCAUACUUUACAGCUUCUGGGUUGGUUCGUUACUGUACGUUAUUCAUUAUGUAUCCAUUUGCCGUCAUUUACGAGAUCGGGUUAAAUUAUCGUGUGAUUUGGAGAUCGUUUAAAGACGCUGCCAGCUCAAUUCGUCACUACCACAGAUCUACUUAUGAAGGAUUAAACGAUCCCCAGAGUAACUUGAUGAAACGCUACAGCGAAGUUCCAGAUGCUGUAUUUUUGGUGGUAUUGUUGAUCUCGAUUAUUUUGGCAAUUAUAUGCGUGAAGAUUUACCCAGUUGACUCUCCUGUUUGGACCAUCUUUUUUGCAAUUGGAAUUAACAUUGUGUUUCUCGUACCCUUGAUCACGAUUGCUGCUGCUACAGGCUACAAUUUCACCCACAAUGUCAUCAUUGAGCUUCUCGUUGGGCUUGCAGCUCCUGGAAAUGGAUCAGCAUUGAACUUCACCAAGGCCCUUGGAUUCAAUAUUGAGGCUCAAGCACAGCAGUAUAUCUCGGAUCAAAAGAUGGCACACUACGUUAAGAUUCCUCCAUGGGCAGCAUUCAGAUGCCAGAUGAUUUCAGUUCUCGUGCACUCGUUUGUGGGGCUCGGGGUUAUCAACUUCCAGAUCGACUCCAUCAAAAACUACUGUGAGCCCAGAAACAAAUUGAGGUUCACCUGUCCUGGAGUGAACCGUUUUUUCAAUGCGACUAUUCAAUGGGGGGUCAUUGGACCCAGAAAAGUGUUCCAGGUGUAUCCCAUUUUGCCUUGGUGCUUCUUGAUUGGGAUUCUCUUGCCCAUCCCCUGUCUUUUGAUCAAGAAGUAUUUACCUAAGAGAUACGUCAAGUAUUUCCAGCCCACCUUGAUCAUCGGAGGGAUCCAAAUCUACACUCCGUUCAACAUUUCUUACUACGUGGGAGGAUUAUAUUUAUCGAUCGCCUCAAUGUGGUACCUCCGAACCAGAUUUCCUGCAUUCUGGAGUAAGUACAACUAUCUCUUUUCCGGGGGAAUGUCUGCUGGAGUUACAUUCGGUGCGGUGAUCAUCUACUUUUCCGUGCAGUAUCACGAGAAGACAUUGGACUGGUGGGGAAACACGGUGUCGCGGGCAGGGCUCGAUGGGGUGGGAAGAUCACGGUUGAAUGCGACACUCCAUGCGCCUGACGGCUACUUCGGGCUCAGAAAGGGGCACUUUCCAUAA